CGCUGCUUUAGCUGAAGGCUCUCUAACAGGAGCCGGCUCCAACAUGUGAGCGGGCCGCUGUGUUCAGAACCAACACAUCAGAACUUCAGAGGAAAUGUUCCCUCCUUCAUUCACUACAUCUGACCUCACUCUGGAUGUUUCUACAGACCUGGAACAUGAUUCCAGUUUAGACCUGAAAAGGUUUCACUCUCAGUUUUAGCUUCAUUUUCUAAAUAAACCAGAACUUCUCCAGAUGGUUCUGAGGAGAUCAGCCAGCAGACAUCAGGAGGUGCAUGAAGUAGUGAAGGAGAGGACAAUCCAGACCCAGAUGGUACCUGCUGAACUCAGGCUGACUGAAGUCCAGAAGAUGGAGGAUUGUGAUCUAAAGGAGGACAGAGCAGAACCUCCAGGAUCCAGCUGUCCAUCUAUGAGGAGUGACUGGUCCAGAAAUAGACCUCCAGACUUCAGUAAAGAACCUGGACCCUCAGAAGGUCAGAACCACAGACAGAGAGCAGAACCUCCAGGAUCCAGCUGUCCGUCUAUGAGGAGUGACUGGUCCAAAAAUCACAAUCCAGACUUCAGUGAAGAAGAUGGACCCUCAGACUCAGAGAAGGAGAAGGGGUGUGAUUACAUGUUUUACUUCUUCAGAACAGGAGCUGGACUGCUGGCAGCCAAUCAGAGCAGCUGUGCUCCAGAUGUUGGUCUGCAGGAGGUUCUAGAGGAACAUAAGAUCAGUCUGAGGAGGAGAUGUGAACGUGUGACUGAAGGAAGUGAUGAACCAGGAAGUAGAACCCUCCUCAACAGGGUCUACACUGAUCUCUACAUCACAGAGGGACAGAGUGAAGAGGUUAAUACCCAACAUGAGGUGAAGCAGCUGGAGAGAGCUUCCAGGAUCCAGAACCUCCAUGACUCUCCAAUCAGGUGCCACGACAUCUUUAAAGCCUUACCUGACCAACAUGGAGCCAUCAGAGUGGUUCUGACCAACGGCGUCGCUGGUGUUGGAAAAACCUUCUCAGUGCAGAAGUUCACUCUGGACUGGGCCGAGGGCUUGGAGAACCAAGAUGUCCGUGUGGUGGUUCUGCUGUCGUUCAGGGAGCUGAACCUGAUCAGAGGUGAGCAGCACAGUCUUCUCACGCUGCUCCAUGUUUUCCAUCCAACCCUCCAGAAGCUCCCAGCAGAGCAGCUGGCUGCCCACAAACUUCUCUUCAUCUUUGACGGCCUGGAUGAAAGCAGACUUUCUCUGGACUUCAACCACAGUCGGCUGGUUUCUGACGUCACACAGAAGUCAUCAGUCGACGUUCUGCUGACAAACCUCAUCAAGGGGAACCUGCUUCCCUCGGCUCUGGUCUGGAUCACCUCCAGACCUGCAGCGGCCAAUCAGAUCCCUCCUUCAUGUGUUGCCAGGGUAACAGAGGUACGAGGCUUCACCGACGCCCAGAAGGAGGAGUACUUCAGGAGGAGGUUCAGUGAAGAAGAGCUGUCCAGCAGAAUCAUCUCCCACAUCAAGACCUCCAGGAGCCUCCACAUCAUGUGUGGAAUCCCAGUCUUCUGCUGGAUCACUGCUACGGUUCUGGAGAACAUGUUGACCACAGAGCAGAGAGGAGAGCUGCCCAAGACCAUGACUGACAUGUACUCUCACUUCCUGCUGGUCCAGACCAGGAGGAAGAAGAACAAGUGGAAGAAGAACAAGUACCAUGAAGGACAUGGGAGGAGUCCACAGGAGCUGAUGGAGGCUGACAGGGAAAUUCUCCUGAAGCUGGGGAGGCUGGCGUUAGAACAUCUGGAGAAAGGAAACAUCAUGUUCUACCAAGAAGACCUGGAGCAGUGUGGUCUGGAUGUCACAGAGGCCUCGGUGUACUCAGGAGUUUGUACAGAGAUCUUCAAGAGAGAGAGUGUGAUGUUCCAGAAAGCAGUCUACUGCUUUGUUCAUCUGAGCAUUCAGGAGUUUCUGGCUGCAGUCUACAUGUUCCACUGCUUCACCAGCAGGAACACAAACGUGAUGAACAGAUUCUUGGGGGAACAUCACACCAUCAAGAGCCUGUUGGGAUACUUCAGGAAAACAUCUCUGGAGGACUUCAUGAAGAGAAUCAUGGAGAAAUCCCUCUUCAGUAAAAAUGGCCACCUGGACCUGUUUGCUCGCUUCCUUCAUGGCCUCUCUGUGGAGUCCAACCAGAGACUCUUAGGAGGCCUGCUGGGUCAGACAGAGAACAGUCCAGAAACCAUCCAGAGAGUCAUCAACAACCUGAAGGAGAUGAACACUGAUGAUAGAAUCUCUCCAGACAGAAGCAUCAACAUCUUCCACUGUCUGGUGGAGAUGAAGGACCUCUCAGUUUAUCAGGAGAUCCAAAAGUUCCUGAAAUCAGAGAAAAUAUCAAAGAAGGAGCUUUCUAUGAUCCAGUGCUCAGCUCUGGCCUUCAUGCUGCAGAUGUCAGAGGAGGUUCUGGAUGAGUUGGACCUGGAGAAGUACAACACAACAGCAGCAGGACGACUGAGACUGAUUCCAGCUGUGAGGAACUGCAGAAAGGCUCGACUUAAUGGCUGCAAACUCUCAGCGACUGAAUUUGAAGUUGUAGCCUCAGCUCUGAAGUCUAACCCCUCUCAUCUGACUGAAGUGGAGAUAAGAGAGAUCGAAGGCGUGUACAACUCUGGAAUGAAGCAUCUGUGUGAGAUACUGGAGAGUUCAGUCUGCAGAGUUAACAUCCUGAGAUUGAGGAACUGCAGUUUGUCAGAGAUCAGCUGUUCUUCUGUGGGAUUGGCUCUGAAGUCCAACCCCUCCCAUCUGACAGAACUGGACCUGAGUGGAAACCAAGACCUGAAAGAUGCUGGAGUGAAGGAGCUCUGUGGUUUUCUCCAGACUCCCCUCUGCAAACUACAGAUAUUGAGAUUGAAGGACUGCAGUUUGUCAGAGAUCAGCUGUUCUUCUCUGGUUUUGGCUCUGAAGUCCAACCCUUCCCAUCUGACAGAACUGGACCUGAGUGACAACAAAUCCCUGAAAGAUGCUGGAGUGAAGGAGCUCUGUGGUUUUGUCCAGACUCCCCUCUGCAAACUACAGAUAUUGAGAUUGAAGGACUGCAGGUUGUCAGAGAUCAGCUGGUCUUCUGUGGGAUUGGCUCUGAAGUCCAACCCCUCCCAUCUGACAGAACUGGACCUGAGCUGGAACAAAGACCUGAAAGAUGCUGGAGUGAAGGAGCUCUGUGGUUUUCUCCAGACUCCCCUCUGCAAACUACAGAUAUUGAGAUUGAGGUACUGCAGUUUGUCAAAGAUCAGCUGUGAUUCUCUGUGUUUGGCGCUGAAGUCCAACCCGUCCCAUCUGACAGAACUGGACCUGGAACUCAACAACCUGAAGGAGUCAGAUGUUCAGCAGCUGCAAGAUCUUGUAAAGAGUCCAGACUACAAACUGAAAUCUCUGAAGUGGUGGUGAUGAUCUUAGUGGAGGAGAGAAGCUGAGCUGUCCUGAUGAUCCAGAGGUUGAAGCUGCAGCAGUUUGAGUUUAAAGAGACUCUGACUGGAUCCUGAUGAUGAACUCUGAGUUUAGAGAUGUUGA